AGAAUGGAAGAACUAAAUAAUACAGCUGUGGCUGAAUUCAUCCUUUCUGGUUUAACUGAGAACCCAAAGCUUCAGUUGCCCCUUUUCCUCAUCUUUCUAGGUGUCUAUUUGGUUACAGUCGUGGGAAACAUGGGCAUGAUCAUCUUGAUUUUGUUCAGUUCUCAACUGCACACACCCAUGUAUUAUUUACUCAGCAGUCUGUCCUUUAUUGACUGUUGCCAGUCCACUGUCAUUACUCCCAAAAUGCUGGUGAACUUUGUGACAGAAAAGAAUGUCAUCCCCUACCCAGAAUGCAUAGCUCAAUUUUACUUCUUCUGUGCUUUUGUUGUUGCAGAAUGUCACAUGUUGGCUGCAAUGGCAUAUGACUGCUAUGUGGCUAUCGCUAAUCCUUUGCUUUACAAUGUAACCAUGUCCUAUCAAGUCUGUUUGUGGAUGAUAGCUGGGGUAUAUGGUAUGGGCUUAGUAAGUGCCACAGCUCACACUGUCUUUUUGCUGAGAUUGAUUUUCUGUAAGACUACAAUAAUAAACCAUUUCUUCUGCGAUCUUUUCCCAUUACUGGAGCUCUCAUGCUCUAGUAUUUUUAUCAAUGAAGUACUUGCACUGUCCUUCAGUGCAUUUAACAUCAUAGCACCAGUUGUGACCAUCGUUAGUUCUUACAUCUUCAUCAUUGUCAACAUUCUCCAAAUUCAAUCCACUGGGGGAAGAUCCAAGGCCUUCAGUACCUGUAGCUCCCACAUCAUGGCUGUUGCCAUCUUCUUUGGUUCGACAGCCUUCAUGUACCUUCAGCCAUCAUCAGUCAGCUCCCUGAGCCAAGGGAAAUUGUCAUCUGUGUUUUAUGCCAUUGUUGUGCCUAUGUUGAAUCCCAUGAUCUACAGCCUGAGAAAUAAAGAUGUCAAAGUUUCCUUUAAAAAGUUACUAAAAAAGGUGUUUCCUCUGAACAAAGACUAA